AAAUUUCAAAAUUUUCCAAUUUUCCAUUUUUUCGGAAUAUUCUUGGAAUUAUUGGUAAAUCCACGGCAACGAAUCUGCAAAAAAUUCAUAUAUAUAUAUAUAUAAAAUUCAAUAUUGUGUAGUACUCAUUUGCUAAACGGAAGAGAAAGAAGAGAACAGUUUCCAUGGUUUCACCAAGUGUGAUCCCUUAUAUCUUUCUGUUACUUCUUGUUGGAUGCUCGGCCAGACCUCUCUAUCCACUACCUGGAAGAAGAAAUGAUAGGAAUAAACAGCCUUUACAAACAUUUCGAGCUUACAACAUCGCACACCGAGGUUCAAAUGGAGAAGUUCCUGAAGAAACUGCAGCAGCAUACAUGAGAGCUAUUGAAGAGGGUACAGAUUUCAUCGAAACAGAUAUUUUAGCAUCUAAAGAUGGCGCUCUUAUAUGCUUCCAUGAUGUCAUCCUUGAUGAUACAACUGAUAUAGCAAAUCACAAGGAGUUUGCUGAUCGAAAGAGGACCUAUGAAGUUCAAGGGGUCAACACUACUGGAUAUUUUCUGGUUGAUUUCACCCUUCAAGAAUUGAAGCUUCUGCGCGUAAAGCAGAGAUAUCCUUUCAGAGAUCAGCAAUAUAAUGGACAAUUUUCUAUUAUUACUUUUGAGGAGUUCAUCUCAAUUGCUUUGGAUGCUCAUAGAGUUGUUGGAAUAUAUCCAGAGAUAAAAAAUCCAGUCCUUAUCAACCAACACGUCAAAUGGCCAGGUGGUAAGAAAUUCGAGGACAAGUUUGUUGAGACACUAAAGAAGUAUGGAUACAAAGGUUCAUAUAUGUCGAAGCAAUGGUUAAAGCAGCCUGCAUUCAUUCAAUCUUUUGCACCAACAUCGUUAAUUUAUAUAUCAAAUCAGACAGACUUGCCUAAGAUCUUCCUCAUUGAUGACACGAAUAUGCCAACUCAAGACACCAAUCAGUCAUACUGGGAGAUCACGUCAGAUGGUUAUCUUGACUAUAUCAAGGAAUAUGUGGUGGGGAUUGGGCCUUGGAAGGACACCAUAGUUCCUUGUUCCAACAAUUAUCUGCAAACACCUUCUGAUCUCGUCGCAAGAGCACAUGCCCGUAAUCUACAGGUUCAUCCAUACACUUUCCGGAAUGAGAACAAAUACCUACACUUCAACUUCAGUGAAGAUCCAUACAAUGAGUAUGACUACUGGAUAAACAAGAUAGGAGUUGAUGGACUCUUCACAGACUUCACAGGUAGCCUUCACCAAUAUCAGGAAUGGACCAAACCAUUUGCAUCUGGAGACAAAGAAGCAACAAGGCUUCUGCAUAAGAUUGAAGCGAUGCUUUCCAAGUUCAAAUACACCACCUGAGUUAAAAUUGUAUUUUUCAUUGUCUGAUCACGGCUAUGCUAUUUAUUGGUCUGUAUAUAUCAUCGGUUUUCCAAUUUAUAUUUACCCGAGUUAAAACAGAUUUCAAUAUAUUAUAACUGGUGCAAUAACACUCUUGAAUCUCCAGGCUAUUGUUUUAUACAAGAAAUUCCCACCUUGCGAUGGGCAUUUGCCAAGCUUCUUUACA